UUUGGGAGCAGAUUCAACAAGGAUAUAGUAUCUUAGUUCAUCUCUUCUCCCUCCUCUUUCGGACGCUCUCAUUCACUGAAAGAUCCGUUGUUGGUUUCAGACUUCACCGAUGGCCGGUGAUGAGAGAUGGUGAGUCGUCACCGGAGGCCGAGGCUUCGCUGCUCGCCAUUUGGUUCUCAUGCUCAUCCACCAGAACGUCUUCAGAGUCCGAAUCGCCGACCUCGGCCCCACCAUCGAUGCCGAACCUUCCGAGUCCAACGGAAUCCUCGCCGAUGCGUUGCACUCCGACCGCGCCGAGUACAUUUCCAUUGACCUCCGCUGCAAGGAUCAAGUUCUUCAAGCAUUUCAAGGUGCUGAGGUUGUGUUCCAUAUGGCGGCACCUAAUUCGUCGAUCAGCAAUUACCAGCUCCACCAUUCGGUCAAUGUUGAAGGAACUAAGAAUGUAAUCGAUGCUUGUGUUGAGCAGAAAGUGAAGAGGCUCAUAUACACUAGCUCUCCUAGCGUUGUGUUUGAUGGGGUUCAUGGCAUUAUUGAUGGGGAUGAGUCAUUGCCGUAUCCACCUAAGCACAAUGAUACUUAUUCGGCCACUAAAGCGCAAGGAGAAGAGUCGGUACUAAAGGCAAACGGUGCUAAAGGGCUUCUAACCUACUGCAUACACCCUAGCAGCAUUUUCGGACCCGGUGAUAGGUUACUUAUUCUGUCUUUAGUUGUUACCGCCAGGGCAGGGAAAUCCAAGUUCAUUAUAGGGGAUGGCAAUAACAUUUAUGAUUUCACGUAUGUUGAAAACGUGGCUCAUGCCCAUAUAUGUGCAGAGCGAGCUCUAGCAUUUGAAGGGACAGUUGCAGAGAAAGCUGCAGGACAGGCAUAUUUUAUAACCAAUAUGGAACCUAUCAAGUUUUGGGAGUUUAUGUCACUUAUUCUAGAAGGUCUUGGCUAUGAAAGACCAGGGAUAAAAAUCCCUACAGCUGUUAUGAUGCCAAUUGCACAUGUGGUGGAGUGGACAUAUAAGCUUUUAGGCCCAUAUGGGAUGAAGAUUCCACAAUUGACGCCUUCAAGAAUUAGACUUAUCUCUUGCACCAGAUCUUUUAAAUCUUCAAAAGCACAGGAUCGAAUUGGUUACACACCCAUCAUUUCGCUUCAGGUUCUAUUCUAUUUUCAUAAUAAGAGGGGUCUUAAGAGGACAAUUGAGUCAUACCCACAUUUGAGGGCUGAACAUCGACUCAAAAGAGAAGGGCCAUCUAAAGCUUCUGUAUAUCUUGGAAGCGGAAGAGAUCGACGACAGCAACGGGAUUGGUCAAGCACUGAGUCUGGGUGCCUUGUUCUUGGGUGUCCAGAUUAG